AUGUCGAGCAAAGAACCAGCAGACAUUCAAGAACUUGGUCCCGGCAUUGAACGAUUUGACCCAGAUGGCGACGUUAUCAUUGUUUCCGAGGGUGAAUCUCCAGAUGAUACAAGACGCUUUCUUGUAUCAUCUAAGGUACUCAGUCUUGCUUCCCCGGUAUUUGCGAAACUAUUCGGGCCAAAUUUCUACGAAGGAACGCAAAUGGCGACCUGUACCUGCCCCGAGCUCCAUUUGCACGACGAUGACCCGGCUAUGAUGAAAGAAGUGCCUGGCAGAGAUACUGAAUGUAUUGCCAACCUCACCAUCCACGGCGACAAGUACGACUGCGUGAAGGCACUUCGCCCGUGGGUGUCAACCUGGAUUCAUAAUUUUGAUGUUACUCCAUCAACGGAAGAAUUCGGUCAUCUGAUUGUUGCUGCUCAUCUACUCUGA